GUCAUCAUCAUCAUCAUCAGCAUUGACCACGUCACCUGUGUUUCAGACCUGAACGAGGCGAUCCCAGAGACCGAGCUGCUGGACAACAGCAUCCAGAAAGGCCGAGCCCAGCUGUCCGUCAAAUCCCGGAGGCACCGCCCCUCCAGGUCCCGUUACCGUGACAGCGUGAGCUCGACGGAGGGAGACGACAGCCUGGACAGAAAGGACAGUCCAUUACACUCCGCCCGCUCACCUCUCCACCUGGCCAUGCGAGGCUCCUCCCCUUCUCCUGAUUCGCUCCUGUCGGCUCGAAGCCCCGCCUUCUCGUUUGACACAUCGCUGGUGCGUCGCUCUCCAGAGGACGGAAGCGCAUCAUUGGCUGCUCCCCCAAGGGGGCGGUACCACCAGCUGACCAAUGCAACGUCUCAGGAGGCUCUGGUGACGCCCAGCAGCUCGCCGUCCAAAUCCUGCCCCUCCUCCGACAGCUCACCUGUCUACAUGAGGAGGAACAGGAGGCCCGACAGUGAAGUGUUGGUUUCUGAUACAAGUCGGGACACCAGUCCAGCUGAUCCCGGCAGUCCCACUGUUGUAUUUGACAAGAAAACUAAGAGACGCUUCCUGGACCUGGGGGUGACUCUCAGACGCUCCUACAUCCGGGUGAGGAAGGAGAAGUCGAACAGACUCUCUGUCGGCAGCAGAGAGCCGUCUGAGAGUCCGUCUCGCUCCUCCGGAUCCUUUGUCCCCUUCUCCUGGUUCACCGAGGGACGGGGGUCUCUGUCCUCCUCCGGUACCCCCCCUUGCUCCCCUAAAAUCCCCCCGCUGGGAUCCCCCAGACCCCGCAAGUCCCACUCCCAGGAGUCGGCUCUCAGCGAAGAGUUCUCUCCUCCUCACACCUCCUCCUCCACCUCUCCUCCUGUCGACUCCUCCUCCUCCAGAUCCUCACAUCCAUACCACACCCUGUCCCAGUCCUCCGACGAGCCCAGCGACGACCCGUCCUGCGUCGUCUCCUCGUGGACAACUCAGCAGGUCUGUCAGUGGCUCCGAGGACUCAACAUGGAGCAGUAUGUCCCAGAAUUCAGUGCGAGGGACGUGGAUGGACAGCAGCUGCUGCAGAUGGACGGCAACAAGCUCAAGAGUCUGGGCGUGCUCAGUUCGUCCGACCGCAACGCUCUGAAGCGUCGCAUCAAAGACAUCCACUCUGCAGCGGAGAAGGAGAAGAAAGCUCUGGACAAGCUGGAGAAACAGAAGGAGAAACAACGGAGGAAAGACCAGGAGCAGCGCAGGAAUUGAAGACCGCCACCAGAGGGAGACAGAGGAUGAGCAAAGGGGAGGACAGGUGGAAGACAAGAGGGAGGAAGAGAAGGAGGGACGGACAAACUGACAGUGUUCACAGGAGCAGAAAGAUCUGUACAAGUGAACGCUCUGCCACACAAACAAUCUCUGUUUGAGUCAUCCUGGAAAACCUGGAAAACCUGGAAAUCUCGAGUACAGCCUUCGAGUCCUGGAGAAGGACAGCAGUAAACAUCUGGAAGGUUUGAUGAAUCUACGGAGGCUCGCAAGGUUUUGUUCAUUUCACCAACAAGACCUGAUGCAAAGUAUUCAUUGACAACCAUUUCCAUGGCAACAACCAGACUAAAAGUAAACAAAAGGUGACCUUUGAAAACACACAGGUGUUUUCACUGAAUGAUGAUGAAAACAAACAAACUCGUUAAAGGAAAUUUAACUUUUUACACUUGUUUGUCUUUGGUCCUUCUGAGCCACCGUACUGUUUCACAGUGAGUCAAUCUGAGUCCAAACGACAUGUGAUUUGGUCCUUAGUAUCCCACAAUCCACUGCACAGCAAAGUAAAGGUGCGUUCAGGUGCUGCUCGUCACACCUGAACCUGAUGCUGUGAGCAGGUCUGAGCUGAUGAAAUGUACGGAAACAAAGAAAGGUCAAAAUAAAAGAGUGAGAUUUAAUGUCAUUAAAUAAGGAAAGUUUGUGUAAUUUCAAAGUGUCUAAUUUUCAACUUUCAAAAUAACAAUUUCAAAUUAGCUAAUUUUGGAUCUAAAAAUGUCAUAUCAGUCAAUCAAUCAAUCAAUCAAUCAAUACUGAAUGGACCUGAUCGGACUUAUCAAACUUGUGGCAUUUAAAGCUGAUAAAAUAGCGUCCUUUCAUUGAAGCACUUGAACUCAUCGUCAGUUUAACGUGUGGUGUGACGUCAGCUGUGUCCCAGUUCAGAGACCACGUCCUUCAGGGACCUGGUCUACGAAAGCCGAACUGACACAGAGGAUUUUCUCUUUGUGUCACCAGCUGUUCCCGCCAUUACUUUAUGUCACAAAGCGCGGCUCCUGUUGCCUAGCAACCUUGACAACGUAACUUUUUCUCACUAAAACUUUGUGUUUUCAGUCUCUUGCUGUUACGGACAUUAACGGUGUAAUCCUCAGACUCUCUCCACCUGUUGGAGCGCUGCUUGUCCAGGGAACGAUGGAGAUUUGAAAUGGGACAGUGUAGUCGCUCUUCAGAUACAGCCUCUGAAGGAAGAAGCACCUGAAAUGGGACACAGCUGCAGUUUUUCUCAGCCUGAAGCCCCGCCUCCUCUGAUGGAACCUUGACCACGCCCAUCCGAGGAGGCGGAGCUGUGUUUGAAAAUGUGGAAGCUGUAAAGAAGGACGUGUUUACUGUGAAAGAAGAAGAACUCAAACUGAAAACGUUGAUAAAAACAUCUGGUUCAUGUCGUUUCUGACACUGUCUGUACCGACCGACCUCUGACCUCUGACCUCUGCAUCAUUCAAAUAAAUAAAUCUGUGAGAAACUUUUAAAAUGGA